AGAUAGCCCACCUGGAACACACAUCCAGCCAGAGAGGCAGCCACAGAAACUACAGAAGGAUGAUGGUAGCUUCCAGUAUAACACUGACAUUAGUGAAAAUAGCUGCUCUUGGGCUUAUGUGCUCAAUUGUUUCGUAUUUUCUUUACUUUGAGCAAUCAUCUCCGGGCUCCUGCCCUGAGUCUCCGUCUCCACCACCUGUUUGGGAAGAUCAUGAAGAAAAGCCCAUAGUCUUACUCUGGUUUUGGCCCCUCGGUGUGAAGUUCGACUUCAAAAUCUGUUUUACCCACUUCCAAGUUAACAGUUGUGUGCUGACUGAUGACAGAUCGCUGUACCCCAGAGCAGAGGGCAUCAUUUUCUUUCACAAAGAAAUUGAUUGGCAUUUGAGAAACAUGCCACAGACUCCACGACCAGCUUUUCAGAAGUGGAUUUGGUUCCAUGUGGAGUCCCCGACAAACACGCUGAAGAUACCUGGUUUGGAGAACCUGUUCAACCUAACGCUGAGCUACCGAAGAGAUGCUGACAUUACUGUGAGGAAUGAGCUGAUAAUCAAGACAGCGGAGAUGAAGAAAGACUUUGUUUUGCCAAAAAAAGACAAGUUGGUGUGUUGGAUUGUCAGCAACAACAACCCUUCGACUGGGACAGGUCUGAGGGAAACAUAUUACCGAGAACUGAACAAACACAUCAAGAUCCAUGUGUUUGGUACGGCAUUCGGAGGUAGCCAUCUGAAAUAUGAAGACUAUUACUCAACUAUAGGCAGCUGUAAAUUUUACCUCUCAUUUGAGAACUCAGUCCACAGAGACUAUAUCACAGAAAAGGUCAAUGGGCCCCUUGUGGCUGGGACAGUGCCUGUAGUUUUGGGCCCACCAAGAGAUAACUACGAGCAGUUCCUCCCAGCUGACUCAUUCAUUCACAUAAAUGAUUUUUCUGACGCAAAGUUGCUGGCAGAAUUCCUGCUCUACCUAGACAAGAACGACGAGGUGUACAGUCGUUACUUUCGGUGGAGGGAGUUCUACCAAGCCACUCCUCACCUCCUGUCCAUGAACAAUGAAUUCAUUCACCCCAUCUGCCUCGCAUGCAAACACAUGUCACGAGAUAGCAACUACCAUGUGGUUCAUAACCUCUACCAGUGGUACUUUUCAUGA